AUGGAAGACAAGGUAAAACUGAUAAAGGAUCAUCUAAAGAUUUCUUCGGAUACACAAAAUUCGUAUGCUGAUCUUAGAAGGCGUGACAUUGAGUAUAAAGUUGGAGAUAAAGUAUUCUUAAAGGUGUCUCUAUGGAAAAAGAUUAUGAGAUUUGGUAAGAAGGGAAAACUUAGUCCCCAAUUUAUUGAACCUUAUGAAAUACUUGAAAAGGUUCGACCAGUUGCAUAUAAAUUAGUUUUGCCUCCUGAGUUAGACAAGAUCCACAAUGUCUUCCAUGUUUCUAUGCUCAGAAUAUAUCGUUCUGAUCCAUCUCAUGUUUUUCCAGUUGAAUCUAUUAAGGUUAAUCCUGACUUGACUUAUAAAGAAAAACCUAUCCUAAUUCAAGAUCGUGAAGUAAAGAAACUUAGAAACAAGAGAAUCCCCUUAGUAAAAAUAAUUUGGAGGAACCAUUCUGGAAAAGAAGCUACUUGA